AUGCUUGAGCGAUCUUUUCAGGUGGAGCCUGGAUCCACCUGGAGACUGGAGCAUACGCUGCUGCGACAGCAUCUCACCUCUACAAAGGUACGCGUCUCUGAACGCCUGGCAGCGCAAGUGCGUUUUCGCGAAGGGGUGGAGGACCAGCACGUUGCCAUGCUGCGCUACGUCUUGGCGGUGCGUGUGGGCGUGGGCUGGAACGAGAGCUCCCAAAGCUUCAGUGGCCCAGUGUCCAUCCUCCCGACUGGUCCAGGCGAAGGGCGGAUGGUCAUUUAUCUCAGUGCUCCUCCUCGCGACCCGCGGAGCUCAAUGGGCCCUUUGCAGAUCACAUGGCAGGGUCCAAACAGCAGGAUGAGUCGGCAGCACAUGCCUCGUGGCCGCCGGCUGAGCGUUUUGGGCCCACAUGUACGAGAGGCUGGGGCAUGGCGGUUGACGGUCUCUUGGACAGCGCCAGACGUCCAUGAGCACUUCCAUGCGACGUUCCCUCCAGAGCGGCCAACGCCACGACUCACAUCAGUGGCCUCAGUGCCUACCCAGAGCUCCUUGUCCUUCACAAGGCCUUUUGUGGUCUACGAAGAUGCUGAUGAUCUCAUGAAGAGAUGCAACGAGAGCUGCCUGAGGAUGUACUGGCAAGUGGAGUUGAGCAAAAUGAGAGGGAGGCUGUGGGGAAGAUCUUCGCUGGGUCAGGAGUUUGAUGACUUCUGA